UUUAUCUCUUAUGAAUGAAAGCGAUCAAAUAUGAUCGGAUUUUUUAAGAAACCAUAUUGCAUCCAUGUAUUUUUUUAUUUUCUUUUGAGACGCGAAUUCGGAUACAAAUAUAUGUGGAAUGCUAACUUUUGCCAUCUAUUUGUGCGUCUUAUUAAAUUCGGUGUUGGAUUUGAUCGAAAUUUAUCUUUAACCACUCUCACCCCUAUCAAGGGGUAAAAUGAAAUUUUAGACACAAUUUAUUAAUUUUGAAUUGGUUUUUAUUUAGGGGCAUUCAAAAAUAUUUCUAGCAUUUAUGGGGGUAUUCGUGGAAUUUUAAAUUUUGAAGGGGCAUAGAUGAAAUUAUAAUUUUUUUCAAAGGGCAUUUACGAAAUUAUCUCAAUUAUUAUUGUAUGCUAUAUUAGGGGACAUUUGGAUUGCGUUAUUUACAAUUUCUAGGUAUUAAAAGAUUAAAAUUGUAUAAUUUUUAUAUUUGGUUCGUACAGUCAUUUCAUCAAUGUUAAAAUUAUAAGAUUAGUGUGUUUGAUUUAAUAAUAAAAUUCCAGCAAAAUUCCUUCAAUCCUAAAACGGUGCUCACGUCGAUGCCUCCUCCGUGUCCGUCGUAAACAUGUUCGACAAAAUGCCCCAACCAAAUUCAACCUACAUGUUUACCACAACCACCUCACUCUACAGAGCACCUCACAGCACCAAGGCUCCACAGAUCUUUAAAACACAUUAACCCACCCCAAAGCCCAGAUUUUUUUUAAAAAAUUCCAUGAUAGCCCGAUUCAUGCGCAAUUCGCACAAUUCGGAAGCUCUAAAGCGGUUCAAGCAGUUUCAGAUUUGUAAAUUUGUCCCAGAUGAGUUUGUGCUCGCAAAAGCGCUUUCCAUCGCUGCCGACACUCAUGCAUUUGAUGAAGGAGCCCAAAUCCAUGCUUUUGUGGUUAAAAAGAAUCUACCGAUGGAUGUCGCCGCGAACAAUUCACUCCUCAAUUUGUACUUCAAAUGUGGUAAUGUAACCUAUGCAGAGAAGGUGUUUGAUGUAAUGCCUGUGAGAGAUGUGUAUUCGUGGACUGUGAUGGUUUCUGGGUAUUUAGUGAAUGGAGCAGUAGAGAAGGCUGCGGAGUUGUUCGACACAAUGCCGUGUAGAAACACGGUUUCUUGGAACGCGAUGAUCAACGGAUACCAGAAAGAAGGGUGUUAUGAGAUUGCGUUGGUGCUCUUUAACAAAAUGCGGGUGCAAGGCGAAGUUCCUAAUAAGUUUACGUUUCUCGCUGUUCUUAAGGCGUAUACUUGUCUUCAAUGGUUAGAGAAUGGUAAGGUAGUUCAUAGUUUGCUAGUGAAAUCGGGGUGGUUAGAGAACGCCCUUGUCGUGUGCACGUUGAUGGAUAUGUAUGCCAAAUGCGGUGGUCUUAUGGAUGUUCGUACGGUUUUUGAAGAGAUUAAAGAGCACAAUGUGGUCUCGUGGUCGAUAUUAAUGGCGGCUUAUGCUCAAAAUGGCAAUAUUUUGGAGGCUGAAUGGAUUUUUCACGGGAUGAUGGAAAGGAAUGUGAUUGCUUGGAAUGUCAUGAUUUCUUGUUAUGUGAACAAUGGUAUGGAAGAUAAAGCAUUAAAUCUCUUUAUCGAAAUGAUCAACGGCGAAAUAAGUCCAAAUUGCUUUACUUUUACGAGCCUCCUUAGUGGGUGUUCAAGCAAUCGAUACAUAAGAAUUGGUGCGACGAUUCAUGGGUCUGUGGUGAAGAAAGGGUUCGAUUCGGAAACUUCCAUUGGAAAUGCUUUGAUAACCAUGUAUGGUGAGCAAGGAAAUGAGAGAGACGCUCGUCUCGUGUUCGACACAAUGCUUUUGUAUGAUGUUGUUUCGUGGACAGCAAUGGUGGCUGCUUAUGUUUGCAAUAGCAAUGUCAACGAGGCUUGUGCUAUUUUCAUUAGGAUGAGAGAGAAAAACCUGAUAUCCUGGAAUACGCUGAUGUUCGGGUACCUUCAAAAUGAUAAAAACUCGGAAAAGAGCUUCAUAGAUGCAACAAACAAAAGAUCAGCGCUGACGAUAUAUUAUGAGAUGGAACAGUCAGAUAUUAAGCCCGACCACUUCUCGUACAACUGCGCUCUGAGUGCUUGUGCUACUGUCAGUGCUCUGGAACAGGCCAGGGCAAUUCACUGUAGAAGUACCAAAAGAGGGUUUGAUUCUGACGUGGGAGUAGGGAAUGCGCUAAUCUCCGUAUACGGAAAAUGUGGAUGUCUCGCUGAAGCAGAGAGGGCAUUUCAGAGUAUGAAGAACCACGAUAUGAUCUCGUGGAAUGCUCUACUAACGGGAUAUUCGCAAAAUGGAAGAGGAAAUGAAGUACUAGAUUUCUACAAUAAGAUGCACGAGUCGAGAGUGGAGCCAAACCAUGUAACUUUUAUAAACUUGUUAUCGGCUUGUAGUUACUUGGGCGAUGUUCAGAAAGGUAGGGAGUACUUUAAAUCGAUGAAGGAUUACGGUAUAAGUCCUACAAAGGAGCACUAUGCUUGCAUGGUGGAUCUUCUCGGACGAGCAGGGCUUCUGCGAGAAGCAGAAGCUGUAAUCAGAAGAAUGCCGGUGGAGCCAGAUAGUGCUAUAUGGGGAGCACUUCUUAGUGCCUGUAAAAUCCAUGGAGAUCCUGUGAUCGGUGAAAGAGCAGCUGAUGAGAUUUUUCAUUUGGAGCCGGAUAGUUCUGCCGCUUACAUUGCACUUGCUGAGACUUAUGCUAAAGCUGGAAUAUGGAAAGGUGUAGCCCAAGUGAGGACACUACUAAGAGAGAAGCAGCUUUUGAAAGAAGCUGGAUGCAGCUGGAUUGAGGUGAGGAACCAAAAGCACUUCUUUCUCGCGGGCGACACCGGUCACCUGUUAAAGGACUCUAUACAUGCAACACUCUGGAGCCUAUACAAAAACAUGUUCGAAAGAAUAAGUAUACAAGAUGCUCGCCCCCCUUGAAAUUUUCGAGGACAUUUGAUCUAAU